AUGGAGACCACACCGAAGACAACCAAAUCAAAACCUGUGUACGGCACACCCUGCUAUUCAAAAUCAAGCCCAUGUGAAUCCAGUAGUGUGCAAAAGCCAAAACAGCAGAUGAGUUCUUCUCUGAAGGAACGACUGAAAAGAUCAAAACGUUCCUUCACCUCUCCUGUUUCCGUGGCCAAACGUCUUAACAUCGAUGAUGACCAACUACCCUCAACAGCAGACAAAGAGUCCGAGCAUGGUGCCAAAACAGACAGACAGAAGAAUAUUGACAUCAACAGAAAUGAGAGAACGCCCAGUGAAUGUCCAGAGACUAGAAGGGCUGGGGUCCCUGGCCCCAUGCCUGAAUCAGCUCAACCCACUCCUAUAGACUUGCUACAACUACGAGACCAAUUGAAGAGAGAGGUUAAAGAAGGGACCGAGAGACUACGGCGACUGAAGAUGGUUAAAAUGUACAGAAGCAAGAAUGACCUGACACAGUUGAGAGUUUUGAUUGACAAGUGGCGGAGUUGUAGUCAGGCUGCAUUGUAUGAGCUCCAGUCAGAUCUCCCCAUAGAUGGCAGGAAAGCCAGCAUCUCCCAACUAAUUGACCUCUUUGGUGUAGAGGACAGCAUACUGCACUUUGACCGCACAGAAGAGGACUUCACCAAUGCAUAGACCCACAUGCCUUCUGUUCAUAUCGUCACAAAUAAUAUUAAUUGUUGAUCUCAAAUUUCCUGCCUUCGUUGAAUAAUCUAGAUUCAAUCUUAUGUACUGGAUGUUUUUCAACCUAAAUUUACUAUGAUCCACAAGUAAUUAGAGUGAAAAAAUAACAUUAAUUUGCCACUUCAUCAGUUUAAUUUCAUACUGUUACCUACCAUAGUAAUUUAUUUUAUUAGAGUUCUAUAUUUAAAGAUGAAAAUCAGUUUGUGAUGUUUUGUUAAAAAAAUGUAAAUAAAGUGUUUCCUAAAUCUUGUCAGUUAUGUUUUAGCUGAGCGAGAGCGGGGAAGGACUUCAUCCUCAUGCGUUCCACCUCUGCCCUGAGGGUAGCCACCUCCUCAGCCUGGGUCCUGGCUAGAUCCACCAGCUUCUUCCUCUGGAUGAUCUCCUGGUACCUCUCCUCUGCAUCACUCUCAUGGUUCUCCUCCAUGGCUGAGCAGAGCAGCAAAUGGCAUCACAGUUCAUUAGAUGAUUCAGUGGAAGUGUUAUAGGAAAUGAGGCAUCAAGGGGCCAGUUAGGGGUUAAAAACAACAAUGCAAUGGAACAAUAUCCACCACAUGUACACAGUGAUACCUAUAAAACUCCUGAUAACAUCACAGUUGAAGUAAUGAUGUACCUAAAAUUGUGUAAACCUAUACUGCAAUGAAAUGUGUAAUUAUUGCAGUACCUAUGGCUUCACAGAUGUGCCUCCUCUCAGCCACAGUCACUUGCAUGUUGGUCAGCUGCUCAUCCAGAGCAGAAUUCUUCGCUGCCUUCAUUGCUGCCUGUCUGUUCAGCUGCUUGAUCAACUUCUUACAGGUCAGCACAUUCUUUUGGAGGCUGCUGAGGGGAGGACGGCUCAUAAUAUUGUCUGGAAUGGAAUGGCAUCCAACACAUGGAAACUCACUCCGCUCCAGCCAUUACCACAAACACCAACCUCCUGUGAACUCAACCAUUGUAAAUCCCUUCCCCAUGAGAAAGAUACUCAGCAAAUAGAGCAUGAAUCAGAGGAGGCUGGUAGGAGGAGGUAUAGGAGGAUAUGCUCAUUGUAAAGGCUGGAUUACAAUGAGCCCGUCCUCCUAUAGCUCCUCCCGCCAGCCUCCACUGGCAUUAAUAUAAUAAUAUUAAUAUAACGACAUCUCACCUUGUAGACCCUGUUUUUUUCUAGCUUGAGGCUGAGUUCUCGCUCUCUAUUGAGAACCUCCUCCUCUAUCAGAAUGGAGUGAACUAGAUUUGUAAUCUUCAGCUCUUCCUACAAAAGAACAUAGCAAGAAAACAACAAUGGCACAUGGAAUGUACUGUAUAUUUCUAAUUAAAUCUUGAUCUGUG